CGCCCGCCGGCGCCGCUCGCACAUGCCCGAGCCGCAGCCCUGCGAGCAGGCAGCGCCGGUCCCCCGCCCCGCGGCCCCGGGCCCCGGCUCCGGCGCCGUCCCUCCUCCCCCGCCGGGCGCCACGGCCCCGGCAUGAGGAGCGGGCGAUGAUCCCCGCCAGCGCCUCCGCCAGGAAGGGGCCCGAGGGCAAGUACCCGCUGCACUACCUCGUGUGGCACAACCGCCACCGCGAGCUGGAGAAAGAGGUCCGCGCCGGCCAGGUGGACAUCGAGCAGCUGGAUCCCCGGGGCCGGACCCCCCUACACUUGGCCACCACCCUGGGGCAUCUCGAGUGUGCCCGUGUGCUCCUGGCGCACGGCGCAGAUGUGGGCAGGGAGAACCGCAGCGGCUGGACAGUCCUGCAGGAGGCUGUGAGUACCCGGGACCUAGAGCUGGUGCAGCUGGUGCUGCGGUACCGAGACUACCAGCGGGUGGUGAAGCGGCUAGCGGGCAUCCCUGUGCUCCUGGAGAAGCUGCGCAAGGCCCAGGACUUCUACGUGGAGAUGAAAUGGGAGUUCACUAGCUGGGUGCCCCUGGUGUCCAAGAUCUGCCCCAGUGACACCUACCGAGUGUGGAAGAGCGGGCAGAACCUGCGGGUAGACACCACACUCCUGGGCUUUGACCACAUGACGUGGCAGCGAGGGAACCGCAGCUUUGUCUUCAAGGGCCAAGACACCAGCGCCGUGGUCAUGGAGAUCGACCACGACCGCCGCGUGGUGUACAUGGAGACCCUGGCGCUGGCCGGGCAGAAUCGGGAGCUGCUCCUGGCUGCCGCCCAGCCCACCGAGGAGCAGGUGCUGAGCCGGCUCACCGCGCCCGUCGUCACCACACAGCUCGACACCAAGAACAUCUCCUUCGAGAGGAACAAGACUGGCAUCCUGGGCUGGCGCAGCGAGAAGACUGAGAUGGUGAAUGGGUAUGAAGCCAAGGUGUAUGGGGCAUCCAACGUGGAGCUCAUCACCCGCACACGGACAGAGCAUCUUUCAGAACAGCACAAGGGCAAGGUCAAAGGCUGUAAAACACCACUACAGUCCUUCCUGGGAAUUGCUGAGCAGCAUGGGGGCCCCCAAAACGGGACCCUGAUCACGCAGACUCUGAGCCAAGCCAACCCCACUGCCAUCACUGCAGAAGAAUAUUUCAACCCCAGCUUUGAGCUUGGCAACCGCGACAUGGGCCGCCCCAUGGAACUGACCACCAAGACACAGAAGUUCAAGGCCAAGCUGUGGCUGUGUGAGGAGCACCCCCUGUCCCUGUGUGAGCAGGUGGCCCCCAUUAUUGACCUCAUGGCCGUCAGCAACGCGCUGUUUGCCAAGCUCCGGGACUUCAUCACCCUGCGUCUGCCGCCUGGCUUCCCGGUCAAGAUCGAAAUCCCGAUCUUCCACAUCCUCAACGCCCGCAUCACCUUCGGGAACCUCAACGGCUGCGACGAGCCAGUGCCGUCGGUGCGAGGCAGCCCCAGCAGCGAGACGCCUUCCCCAGGCAGCGACUCCUCCAGUGUCAGCAGCUCCAGUUCCACCACCUCAAGCCGCGGCUGCGAGAUCUCCCCCUCGUUGUUCGAGGCCCCACGUGGCUACAGCGUGCUGGGCGGCCAGCGGGAGGCGGCAGCCCGCGACGACGACGACGACCUGCUGCAGUUCGCCAUCCAGCAGAGCCUGCUUGAAGCGGGCAGCGAGUAUGAUCAGGUCACCAUCUGGGAGGCGCUAACCAACAGCAAGCCGGGCACCCACCCCAUGUCCUAUGAGGGUCGCCAACAGGACAGGUCACUGCCUGCCACCGGUAUGGGCCUGUGCGCCCUGGAGCCCUCGACGUGUCUGCCCCGCCCCCAGGAGCGCCCCGCCCACGCCGCAGCGCCAGUCUGCGCCCCCGGCGACCCCGGCUUCGGUCCCCAGCCCUCGGCCCAGCCCCGAUCGGGGCCCCGGCGGGCACGUGUUCCGGAGUUACGACGAGCAGCUGCGGCUGGCCAUGGAGCUGUCGGCGCAGGAGCAGGAGGAGCGGCGGCGGCGCGCGCGCCAGGAGGAGGAGGAGCUGGAGCGCAUCCUGCGGCUCUCGCUGACCGAGCAGUAGCGCCCCCUGCUGGGCCCCUUCACCACACCACGCGGGACCCGCCCCGGGCCGGGAGCAGCGCACGCGCGGGCUCGCGCCCCCGCCGAGCAGGGGCCGGAGACUGGAGCCACCGCCUGGGGGCGUGGCGGCGCACUAGGCACAAGGCGGGGAGGGGUUCGGCACCGGCGCGGGGCACCUUUCUGGGCCGGGGCUCUGGAGGCAGCUGGCACAGCCCGGUCCCCCUGCUUUGCUGUAUCCUGACCCCCACCUCGCCCUCCUGGGCUCAGAUCUGUUCGAGGGUACAGCCAGGCGGUCCUGAGGAGGAGACGAAGCCUUACAGGAGCAGUGUCGCCAUCCCUUGCUCCAACUGGCCGGUCCUCCUUCCUGCUCACUGACCCUACUCCAGGAGACUGUCCCUAAAGCCUUUGCAUCGCCGCUCAUCACCCCUGGUGGGCAGCUGAGCCCCCCACCCCCACCCCCACCCCCGCGUGCUGUGUCGCUGCUUUGUCCCAGACACAGACCAGCACGUCAAGGGCCCAGCCCCCUGCCCCACCCCGGCAUUUCAGCGUUAAGUGCACUUAGCGGGGUGCCCGGCUCCCCCAGCCCCCACACCCCUCCCGGGUCUCAGGGUGGUCCCAGCCUCUCCUUGGGUGGCCAGAAGUUGGAGUCCCCAUCUCCAAGGCACGGUUUUGUGAUCAGGGAGGGUGCCCAAAGUGGCCCCCUGGUCUGGUCAAGGCCUGGCUCCCCCAUGGUGCCUUGGAGAGUGGGGAGUAUAUUGAAUUCCCAGGCGGGCACGAGACCGGACGCUAGCCUGGACACAGACGGUCACCCAGGGCCCUGGCGCCACCACCCACACCUUCCCACCAGCUGCUGCUAGCCCUCUGUGGUUGUGCGUCCCACUCAACCUCCCCACCCCCCAGGGGCAAACUCUCAAACCCUUCUUCCAAUGGUGCUAACCCCUGGCUCUCCCCAUCCCUCCCACCCACCCAGAGAAGCACAGACUCCCAGGGGCGGGAGUCCACGGGACACCCUUGACCUUUCUCUGACUUCUGGGCUCAACCAGUGAAGCUCUGAAGGGCCAUAAAAAGGGGACCGAAGAAAAAAGCAACAAAGAGAAAUUGUCCCUCCCAUCCUCUUCCCUUAUGCUAGGGGCACCAGACUGAUUCUGAGGCACAAAUAAAAGAGGCUUCAAACCUGA